UGAAUUACUUUAUCGAUAGAUGGCGUUCUGUUAGUAUGAGACGUGUUAUUUCAGUAACUUGUUGACAAGGGAAGUGGUAAUUCAUCACUGUUGAAAUUGUCACUAUGUAUAUUUUAUGUGUCACUUUUGUGAAGAAGAAUUCCUGGUUUGGGGAAUUUAAUUAAACAAUCGCCAGUAGCCCAGGAGACAACAGGACUGCCAGCAUACACACGGUAUCAUUAAUUAAUUACUUCAGUAUGUACUCUUCCGCAAGUAAUUCAUAUGGACAGCAAACAUCGAAUCCAAACGUAUCCAGUCCAUCGUCAACUGGACCCCAGGAUGAAGAUUUGAUUAAAUGGUUUCAAGCAGUUGACCAGGACAAGUCUGGAAAAAUUUCUUCAAUCGAACUAAGACAAGCGUUGGUUGUCGGCAAUGGAGCUCAUUUUAGUUUUGAAGCCUGUGAAUUACUGGUGAAAAUGUUUAGUUCAGAAAAUUCGAAAACGAUUGAUCUGCAAGGAUUCAAACAACUCUUCCAUUAUGUCAACCAGUGGAAAACCUCAUUUCAUAUGUUUGACAAAGACAGCUCUGGUGCCAUUGAUGAAACAGAACUUGGACAGGCUCUUUUUCAGAUGGGUUACAGACUGUCAAACAAAUCAAUUGAAUCCCUGUUCAAUAAGUUUGCUUCCAAACCAGGUCAAAUUACCUUCGACGGUUUUAUUUUGGCGUGUGUCCAGUUACAUAAGUUAACUAAUGCUUUCCGACGACACGACACGAAGUUAAUGGGCACGAUCACUAUUGGGUAUGAAGAUUUUAUUCAAGCGGUUGUCGAAAGCACUUAACGCGUUUUUCAUCCUUGUGUUGUUUCUACACUAAUGACUCUCUAUGGAACUGUAAUAAUCUCGUGAUAGAAAAUUAUCUGGGUUUUUUCCAAUAAAUUUCCAAAGACUA